AUGGCCACCCACAGACCCAGUCUGACGGCCUCGCAGCCCAGCAGUGCCACCGGCAGAGCCUCUGUUCUUUCCCGACGCACAUCCGACUUCAAGCAGCAAAACACCACUCGCCGAGCUUCAAUAUCUCGAGAAACUCCAAUUCCCAAGACCUCUAGGGCUACCGACAGCCUAGAAGGCCCCCGCGCCGGGGGGGUGGAGGCUGGCGGGGAGCUGCUGGUGGAGCUGGAGGAGACGGAAACUUUGCUGCUGUUCAGUAAGGCCUCGAGCUGCGCAGUGUUGGGUUCUGAAGAGCAGCAGCAAAUUGCUGCUAGGAACAAGGCCUACUUGGAGCUGCUGGCAACUCGUGCUGCAGUGCCCCGCAAGUUCAAAACCGCCCACACCCAAACCCUAAACCCUCAGCAAAAGCUCAAAGCUGUGGCAACAGACUCCAGCGCCCUGCUUUCUGCUGCAGUCGCCGCCACCCCCGCGGACAUACACGAUGCGCUCGCCGCCAAACCCCGCAAACUCACUGAUGACUUCAGAGACACUUGGAAAAAAGCAGCAGAAGAGUUUGCUGCUGAGGGUUUGAAGGCCCCAGGGACAUUCUUGUCUCUGGACUGGCGACUUUGCGCAGCGCGGGACCGCCCGCGGUCUUCAGGCAGCGCGGGGGGCCCCUCGGGGGGCCCCGGGGCCUCGGGGGCCCCCGGGGCCCCCGGGGGCCCCGGCGGCCCCGGGGCCCCCUCCAGCUCCCCACAUGCUUCUCUCUCGCGCAAGUCCGACUUUAAUGCCUCUCAGGCGCAGCAGUCGCUAAAAGCCAGAGGAAGAGAAAACACAAAACGUGCUGCUGGAAGUUUGUUGAAUAAGCGCAGCACUGGGACUGGGGAGGGGAACCGCGCAGACACAAGACAAACAGAUGGCUCUUCAUCAAAUUUUGCCCCCCGGCGCUCGCAGCGGCAAGUACUUGAGGAGACAGAAGACUCUUUUCUCGAGGAAAGCCAAGAAGCCACAAGUAAAGAAAUCGACCCAAAGGCCGGCUGGAAGAUGGCUGCCGACAGGCCGCUGCCAGCAGCACUGGCUGCUGCUGCUCUGCGGAUCGAAGCUGCUCUUUGUCAGCAGCAGUUUCACAAGCAGCAAAUGAUUUACAGAAGCUUCAGGGCGCUGCAGCUAGCUGAAGAUGCACUUGAACCUCAACUCACAGACAUGGGGCCCCACACGGGAAUUAGGACAGGUUUUGGAGUAGAUGCGGAGGAGAAGCAGCGGGACGGGUCUGACUCCGACGAGGCAGAAGACGAGCAGCAAAGCGGGGGCAGCCGGCAGCAGCUAAAGGAACUGCUGGACUUCGAUGGCCGCGCGCUGUGCGACGGCCACGGGGUGAGGGCUCUGGCAUAUCAUCCAGUGCACAAAGACACUCUGUGUGCUGCUUACAGCAGCCCCGCGUACGACUGCAGCAAGCGGCGGACUGGAAAGCUGCUGCUCUGGUCCAUUGCAAAUCCGCUGCAUCCUCAGCGAGUCAUUAACUGCAAGACAGGGGUAACUACUGUUGAGUUCGGGCCUUCGCAGCCCAACCUUCUCGCAGCUGCAACAACAGCAGCUGCUGCUACUGCAGCACCGGCCAGAGCGGGGCGAGCAGCAGAGCUGGCGCUGCUGGCCUUCUGCAUCGCAGCAGCAGUUGCCUGCAGCCCCAUCGUCCUCGGCGAACCCAGCAGCAGCGACACCAGGAGCAGCAGCAGCAGCAGCAGCAGCAGAGGCCGUCGCUUGCAUGCGCUGCUGCUUGCAGGGGGAAUGGUGGACGGUGGGGUUGGUGUUUGGGACGUCCGAGUGCCUCGCGAUCAGCCAGUGCUGCACAGCGCCGGCAGCGAAGGAGUGCUGGGCUGCCAGCACUCGGACACUGUUUGGGACUUGAAGUGGAUUUUAAAGGAAGGGACGGAGGGCCUUCUUACCACAGGGGGCGACGGACAAGUCCUUCAGUGGAGCAUGCAAAAAGGCCUGACGCACUCGGUGGCGAUGGUGGUGCGGCGGACUCCGAACGCGCAGCUGCUGCAGGUGACUGCGCGCAAAAAAGACAUGAGUCGCAGCCGUUUCUUCAGCUACGCCUCGGGACUGUCGCUGGACGUGGCGGCCCACGGCGACGGCAGCAGCCUUUACUUCGUCUCCACCGACGGCGGCGCAAUUCACAAGUGUUCGUUGGCUUACAACGAGCAGUUCCUUGCCACUUAUUUGGGCCACAAGGGCCCUGUCCGCACGGUGCGGCUAAGUCCUUUCUCCCCGAACUUGUUGCUGAGCGGCGCCGCCGACUGGACUGUGCGGCUGUGGCCAGUGGCCCGCAGCGAAGCGGAGGCGGAGGUGUUCAUUUCUACGGAGGCGCCCAGCGCGGUCAGCGACGUUUGCUGGUACGCACCUUGUGCGCCUGUGGUGGUUGUGGGGGACGACGAGGGCUGCAUAAGCCUCGUGAGCAUCGAAGAGGAAGCUGUUCCUGCUUACUCUCGACAGGAGCAGCAAGAACGCCUAGAGCAGGCCUUUCAGGCCAGGGCAAGCCAGCACCAGAGAGGGCCGGCUCAAGAGGCCUCAGCAGAGGCUUCUUGA